AUGCCUAUGCCUUGUAGUGGAGAUGUGUUUGCUCACACAGUGGUAUUAGUUCUACCAUGGCACUGCAGACUCACGAUUGACAAAAGGCUCUUAUGGUGUGCUCUCCAAAUGGCCUUGCUUAAAGUGGCCUUGGCAGUUUACUACAACUGCAUACUGUGCACGACGUAACCAAAGCAUGCAAUUGCCAUCUCACAGCUCUUCGGCACAUCCGUCCCAUGCCCUCAAUUGCCGCAGAUAACACCCUCGCCUGCUGUAUCAUAGGUUCCCAUCACAAUUGCUGCAAUGCCCUCUACUUACUUGGGCAUCCGCCAAGAGCAUCAACAAAUUACAAAUACUACGAAACGAUCUGCCGUGCCCUGCCCUCGGCAUCGGGCAUGGUGGCACAGAUUUUUCUGCUUUGCUAAAAAUCACCGUGCUCGCUCCACACGAUUCAAGCAAAAGGUUGCGGUCCUCUGUCACCGUGCUCUUUGCAUGGCCUCCUGUCAGACCGAGCGUCACUGCUCACUCUACAACAGUUCCCUCCAUCUGUAACUCUACCCCUCUUCACAUACGCAGCAGCAUCCAGUCUCCUUCCACCUUCACUAAGCACCCGUAGACACACAUUUUUGGCGAGCUUCUUGAGCUUUCUGGGGAACUCCGAGCGAAGCUCCAAGCUUCCUGAGUCGCGCUCGAACUUUUAAUGCACGGUCGUGAAAUUUGAGCGCGUUAAAAGUGGACUCUUAUUACAUUAUGUUUCAUCAUUGCAGCAUUAAUAUUGAUGAAACACUGUACAUAACACAGCAGAUAAAAGAGUGCUCUUAUGAAUAAAUGUUGGGUGCGUCGGUUGACGAGUACCGUCCCAUUGUCUUUAUUUCAUGAACUGAAGCUCCAACAACGCCGGCACCAACGCCACCACCUACGCCACCACCUCCAAAACCAGGACACUGCAGCAUUUGUGGAGACCCUCAUUACUGGACAUUUGACGGGGUCGCCCACGACUUCAUGGGCACGUGCACCUACACCGCAUCCAUCCCGUGCAACCAGAGCUCCAACCUGCCCCACUUCAACGUGGAGACGACAAACGAGCACCGUGGCGGCAACACGGCCGUGUCUUACGUCAAAGAGGUCCACGUGGAGGUCUACGGCCACAGAAUCACCUUGGGCCAAGGGCGCCGGGUGCUGGUGGAUGGGCUGCGUUUGACUCCUCCGUUCUUCAUUUCGGGGGUGUACAUCCAACUGAGUGGAUCCUACGUUGUGCUCGAGACCGAUUUCAAUCUGGUUGUUCGGUUUGAUGGGAACCACCAUGUGGAGAUAGUCGUGCCUGGAGAAUACACGGGGGAACUGUGCGGCAUCUGCGGGAACUUUAAUGGAGAUGGCUCAGAUGACAAUCUGAAGCCGGAUGGGUCAGCAGCAGCCUCAUCAAGCGAGCUGGGAAACAGCUGGAGAGUGUUCAACAGUUCUGAUGAUGAUUGCCAAGAUGAUACCGGGGAAAUACCUCCAUGUGAUGAGAAUGACAAGAACCUGUAUGAAUCGGAUACGUUCUGUGGAAUAAUCACUGACCCUGAGGGAGCUUUCAAAGAGUGCCACGCGGUGCUGCCUCCACAAGUCUUCUUCGACAACUGCGUGUUCGACCUGUGUGCCACGGGUGGGGACCACGACUCGCUGUGCCAGGCCCUGCAGGCCUACGCUGACCAGUGCGCCCAAGCUGGGGUCAUCGUCACGUGGAGGAACAACACCUUCUGCCCAUUCCCGUGUGAACCGGGCAGCCACUAUGAGAGCUGUGCCCCACCGUGCCCGGCCACCUGCAGCAACGCAAAUCCCCCAGCUGGCUGCAACCAGCAAUGUGCAGAGGGCUGUGUCUGUGACGACGGCUUUGUCCUCUCUGGGGACAAGUGUGUCCCUACAGAUCAGUGCGGUUGCCUGGAUAACAAUGGCCAUUACCAUCCGAUCGGGGAGAGCUGGUUUGAGUCACAGGACUGCAGCCAGCGCUGCAUCUGUGUCAAUCCUGGCAAUGUGAACUGUGAGGCCUGGGUCUGUGAGGACGACGAGACCUGCGGUGUGGAAGACGGCAUCCUGGGCUGCCAUGGCUCAGGGCCAACAGUGCCACCAACAACCCCGCCAAAACCACCUGGCGACUGCGUGAUCACUGGAGACCCUCACUACAUAACUUUCGACAAGACGACGCACCACUUCAUGGGCGAGUGCACCUACACGGCAGCCAUUCCGUGCAACCAGAGCUCCACCCUGCUGCCCCACUUCAACGUGGAGACAACAAAUGAGUUCCGGGGCGGCAGCACGGCCGUGUCUUACGUCAAGGAGGUCCACGUGGAUGUCUACGGCCACAGGUUCACCUUGGCCAAAGGACGCCGGGUGCUGGUGGAUGGGCUGCGUGUGACUCCACCAUUCUUCAUGUCCGGGGUGUACAUCCAACUGAGUGGAUCCUACGUUGUGCUCGAGACCGAUUUCAAUCUGGUUGUUCGGUUUGAUGGGAACCACCAUGUGGAGAUAGUCGUGCCUGGAGAAUACGCGGGGCAACUGUGCGGCAUCUGCGGGAACUUUAAUGGAGAUGGCUCAGAUGACAAUCUGAAGCCGGAUGGGUCAGCAGCGGCCUCAUCAAGCGAGCUGGGAAACAGCUGGAGAGUGUUCAACAGUUCUGAUGAUGAUUGCCAAGAUGAUACCGGGGAAAUACCUCCAUGUGAUGAGAAUGACAAGAACCUGUAUGAAUCGGAUACGUUCUGUGGAAUAAUCACUGACCCUGAGGGAGCUUUCAAAGAGUGCCACGCGGUGCUGCCUCCACAAAUCUUCUUCGACAACUGCGUGUUCGACCUGUGUGCCACGGGUGGGGACCACGGCUCGUUGUGCCAAGCCCUGCAGGCCUACGCCGACCAGUGCGCCCAAGCUGGGGUCAUCGUAACGUGGAGGAACAACACCUUCUGCCCAUUCCCGUGUGAACCGGGCAGCCACUAUGAGAGCUGUGCCCCACCGUGCCCGGCCACCUGCAGCAACGCAAAUCCCCCAGCUGGCUGCAACCAGCAAUGUGCAGAGGGCUGUGUCUGUGACGACGGCUUUGUCCUCUCUGGGGACAAGUGUGUCCCUACAGAUCAGUGCGGUUGCCUGGAUAACAAUGGCCAUUACCAUCCGAUCGGGGAGAGCUGGUUUGAGUCACAGGACUGCAGCCAGCGCUGCAUCUGUGUCAAUCCUGGCAAUGUGAACUGUGAGGCCUGGGUCUGUGAGGACGACGAGACCUGCGGUGUGGAGGACGGCAUCCUGGGCUGCCAUGGCUCAGGGCCAACAGUGCCACCAACAACCCCGCCAAAACCACCUGGCGACUGCGUGAUCACUGGAGACCCUCACUACAUCACGUUCGACAAGACGACGCACCACUUCAUGGGCGAGUGCACCUACACGGCAGCCAUCCCAUGCAACCAGAGCUCCACCCUGCCGCCCCACUUCAACGUGGAGACAACAAAUGAGUUCCGGGGCGGCAGCACGGCCGUGUCUUACGUCAAGGAGGUCCACGUGGAUGUCUACGGCCACAGGUUCACCUUGGCCAAAGGACGCCGGGUGCUGGUGGAUGGGCUGCGUGUGACUCCACCAUUCUUCAUGUCCGGGGUGUACAUCCAACUGAGUGGAUCCUACGUUGUGCUCGAGACCGAUUUCAAUCUGGUUGUUCGGUUUGAUGGGAACCACCAUGUGGAGAUAGUCGUGCCUGGAGAAUACGCGGGGCAACUGUGCGGCAUCUGCGGGAACUUUAAUGGAGAUGGCUCAGAUGACAAUCUGAAGCCGGAUGGGUCAGCAGCGGCCUCAUCAAGCGAGCUGGGAAACAGCUGGAGAGUGUUCAACAGUUCUGAUGAUGAUUGCCAAGAUGAUACCGGGGAAAUACCUCCAUGUGAUGAGAAUGACAAGAACCUGUAUGAAUCGGAUACGUUCUGUGGAAUAAUCACUGACCCUGAGGGAGCUUUCAAAGAGUGCCACGCGGUGCUGCCUCCACAAAUCUUCUUCGACAACUGCGUGUUCGACCUGUGUGCCAUGGGUGGGGACCACGGCUCGCUGUGCCAGGCCCUGCAGGCCUACGCUGACCAGUGCGCCCAAGCUGGGGUCAUCGUCACGUGGAGGAACAACACCUUCUGCCCAUUCCCGUGUGAACCGGGCAGCCACUAUGAGAGCUGUGCCCCACCGUGCCCGGCCACCUGCAGCAACGCAAAUCCCCCAGCUGGCUGCAACCAGCAAUGUGCAGAGGGCUGUGUCUGUGACGACGGCUUUGUCCUCUCUGGGGACAAGUGUGUCCCUACAGAUCAGUGCGGUUGCCUGGAUAACAAUGGCCAUUACCAUCCGAUCGGGGAGAGCUGGUUUGAGUCACAGGACUGCAGCCAGCGCUGCAUCUGUGUCAAUCCUGGCAAUGUGAACUGUGGGGCCUGGGUCUGUGAGGACGACGAGACCUGCGGUGUGGAGGACGGCAUCCUGGGCUGCCAUGGCUCAGGGCCAACAGUGCCACCAACAACCCCGCCAAAACCACCUGGCGACUGCGUGAUCACUGGAGACCCUCACUACAUAACUUUCGACAAGACGACGCACCACUUCAUGGGCGAGUGCACCUACACGGCAGCAAUCCCGUGCAACCAGAGCUCCACCCUGCCCCACUUCAACGUGGAGACAACAAAUGAGUUCCGGGGCGGCAGCACGGCCGUGUCUUACGUCAAGGAGGUCCACGUGGAUGUCUACGGCCACAGGUUCACCUUGGCCAAAGGACGCCGGGUGCUGGUGGAUGGGCUGCGUGUGACUCCACCAUUCUUCAUGUCCGGGGUGUACAUCCAACUGAGUGGAUCCUAUGUUGUGCUCGAGACCGAUUUCAAUCUGGUUGUUCGGUUUGAUGGGAACCACCAUGUGGAGAUAGUCGUGCCUGGAGAAUACGUGGGGCAACUGUGCGGCAUCUGCGGGAACUUUAAUGGAGAUGGCUCAGAUGACAAUCUGAAGCCGGAUGGGUCAGCAGCGGCCUCAUCCAGCGAGCUGGGAAACAGCUGGAGAGUGUUCAACAGUUCUGAUGAUGAGUGAGGAUCCGUUCUUCUCAACUAUUUCCAUGCGCGUCUGAUAAUUACAACAGUGCCAUUGCAAAAGCCUCUGGAUAAUACACAUGGAAGGCAUUGGUAUUGACAGCCAUUCGAGCUCGAGAUAGACAAGAAGUGCCAAACAUGGGCCCCAUGCUUAAAUUAGAUCUGACUGUUGUGCCACUGAUGCUGUAUUUGUGUCAGCUGUUUGGGCUACAGUGAGUUAUCUUCAUGAUGAUGAUGGUAAUGACGACUGUGAUUAUGUUUCAAGUGAUAUUUUCUCUUUCAACCUCGGUGAGGUUAACC